AUGUGGACCAGACAUGAGUUUGACCGUUGCGAGCCACGUCUUGAGUUGACCACCUCGGCGCUUCCUCCAACCAGUGGGUGCGUUUGGCGCCACCAGUUUACGGACGAACUCAUCACCAGGCCGCCGCAGCACGUGGCCGAACCACCGGAGUCUCCUGUUCAGCAGAGUUUCUUCCAGGCAAGAACUCAUGUCCGGUCCUCGCGUUUUCGGGGUCCGACGUUGGAAUCGCGAAUGGCUCGAUCAUGCCGUCGAUUCUGCUGCCGAUCGACGGCGGUGGAUGAUCUUGACGCGCGAUGCGAUCUAUCUAUCUAUGACUGUGGACCUAAUACUUAUGUUGUGAUGUCCAUCUAUCCGACUCUAUUACUAUCUAUCUAUCUAUCUAUCUAUCUAUCUAUCUAUCUAUCUAUCUAUCUAUCUAUCUAUCUCGUACAGCACUUUUUCUUCUCAUUCCCCGUUUGUUCAAUGUCCUUCCGUUUCUUAUUUAUAUAUCAAUUUAACAAUCAUUUCAUCAAUCAUUUACUCUCUUUAAUUUCAUACUUGUCGCUCUCUUUCUUACUCUCUCUUUUUUGUCCAUGUUGCAUCUCUUUCUUUUUUACUCUUUUCUUUCACUUCUUUCUUCGAUUCUUUUCUUCGUUCUCUUUACCUAUUUUAAUCUCUCUGGCACUCAUUUAUUUAAUCUCUUCUUUUGGCGUUUGUUUCUUUUUCCUUUUCUUUUUCUUGCCCUUUCUCGUAUCCGCUUUCCAAUUUUUCUUUCUUUCUUUAUUUUCUCUCUUUUCCGCUUUUCAAUUUAUUUUCUUCUUUUCGCCAUCCUUUUCUUUUCUUUACCAUUUUUUCUUUAUUUAUUUUAAGCUGUCUCUCGUUGCCGCUUUGAUUUGGUUUUCUUUUCUUCUGUUUUCUAUUCUGAUUUUUUUUCUGCCUAAUUUUCUUCUAUCUUCUCAUUUUCUCUUUUUUUACUAUUAUUUUUCUCUCUUACUCUUUCUCUCCCUCUUUUUCUCUUUUUUUCUCUCUCUCUCUCCCUCUCUCUCUCUCUCUGUCCACUGCAUUCCCCAUAUAUAUAUUUUUUAA